UCCUUGCCACACAAUCUCCCUCUCUCUCCGCCCAUUGUCACAGACUCACACCACACGCCCUGCCUCCUCCUACUGUCUGUCUACUGUCUGCCAUUUACAAGCUAGAGAAUCUCUGCAAGCCAAACGCAUUUGAUUGUGAGUGUUUCGAUUUUAGAGGAAAGAAGAAAUGAACGUUGUUGGCCCAAAAACUGGCAGUGGUUUGAUGCAUCCCGUUCAACAUGUGUGCCCAAAACGGGUUUCUUUGUGGAAGUGGGGACGACUGAACUUGUGGGUCUUUCUUGGGGAUGGAAGAUACGAAAAGAUCAGAUUCGUUUCUUUGGCAAUUUCGGCCUCCAGCAGCGAUGGUUUUUCCCCUCAAAUCGGUGACAACAAGCUGAAAUACAAUCCGUCAGAGGACCUUUUUGGGCUUGAAGCUGAUCCACAACCAAGGAAGUUGAUAUUCACUGGUCCCAAGCUUAGGUCUUGGUUUGGACCAAAUGGGCAGUAUGUCAGGGAAUUGCCAUGUCCUAGUUGCAGAGGCAGAGGUUACACACCCUGUACAGAAUGUGGAAUUGAUCGGUCUCGUUUGGAUUGUUCACAGUGCAAUGGGAAGGGUGUAAGGACAUGCCGGCAAUGCUUUGGAGACCGUGUGAUAUGGGAAGAAUCUAUUGAUGAGCGACCAUGGGAAAAGGCACGUUCUAGCUCUCCAUUUAAGGUGAAGGAGGAUGAUGAUGUUGACAAACUGGUAGUAAAGCUGUCUUCAAGAAGAAAACGGGUAUAUAAGCCAGUCUCCCCUGAAGUUGGAGAGAAGAUCAGCCGCUCUCUGAGAAGUUUAAAUGCUAAAACUGGAAUGUUUACCAAAAGAAUGAAGGAUAUACAUUCUGAUCCUGUCCUUCGUGCACAGAGGAUUGCCGCAAUUAAGAAAGCUAAAGGCACUGAUGCUGCAAGAAAACGUACCUCAGAAGCUCUCAAAUCUUUUUUCAGUGAUCCACAAAACCGUCAAAAAAGAAGCAUUAGUAUGAAAGGAUUGAAGUUUUACUGCAGAAAUUGUGGGAAGGAAGGACACAGGAGGCAUUAUUGUCCAGAGCGAAAAGCAGGAUCUUAUGACAGUCGAUAUAAAUGCAGCGUUUGUGGAGGACGAGGGCAUAAUAGGAAGACAUGUGAUAAGUUUAAGGGGUCAGAUGAAACGAAGAAACCGGAGCCAAUGGUCCAUCGAUGCAGGAUUUGUGGUGAAGUUGGCCAUAAUCGUAGGAGAUGUCCUAAGGUUACUCAACAGAGUGGCGCUUCAGGGGCUGGCUUAUUGAUUUCCAAGGGAGUCGGGUCUUAUUCUUGUGGUAUAUGUUCAAGAAAAGGGCACAAUGCUAGAACAUGCAGAAAUAGAACUUGAAGAACUAUUUGUAGA